GGGGCUGAAUUGGUGGCCCGACGUCUUCAGGUCAUCCGAGAGGCCCACCGCAUCUCGCCGUCAGCUCCGGAUUACACGGCAGCAGACGACUUCAUGGGGUGGGGCUGGAAGAAGAGCUCGCAAGGGAUCGACUCAGCCCUUUCAGCUCACGUGGCGACUGAGCUCAAGAACGAAGCCUCCAUUGCCAAAGAAGCUCGAAAGGUCGAAGACAACACGCAGCAGGUCGCCUUGACGGUGGCCAAGUUUUCGAUUUUUCAGGUAUUGGACGACAUCGGUCGAGAGUUCAUUGAGGAUCCCUUCAGUAUGAUUGAUUUUUGCAAUUCUCCGAAGGACCUCAUCACUCCAUUCUUUGUGCGUAAGCAAAACAACAAGCAACGCUUCAUUCUGGAUUGUCGAGGAGUCAAUCGUCGAUUCCAGCCACCACCUCCCUUGGCGAUGGCUGCAGGCAGUGCCUGGGCGAGGGUGGGACUACGACAGGAAGACACUUUGUACAUAGCCCAGUCUGACAUCAAGGAAUAUUUCUACUCGCUAGCCCUCCCCGACAACCUGAAUAAGUCUUUGUUUUGUUUGCCACCGGUUCCCCACGAGCUGCUUCAGGCUUGGGGGGUGGACUAUGACAAACGAUGUGAAGCAGCUGAAGGCGGUUGGGUCUGGCCUGGAUUGCGGGUUAUUCCAAUGGGCUGGUCAUGGGCUAUGUGGUUGUCCCAAAGAGUUCACGCAAAUAUUUGUCUUCAAGAAACUGGCCUGAGCUUUGAGAGAGUUCUGGUGGAUGGCAAUCCCUGUCCAGACCUGUCAGGUGGAGAGGUUGCCCUGCUACCGUAUGCGGACAUUCUCAAUGUGCUCGGGAUUGACCAGGCUAGGGUUCAAGCAGUCAAGGACAAGAUUGUUGGUGGACUCCGAAGGGUUGGUUUCAUAGUACAUGAGGAGUUGGAGGCAUGCAGCAUUGCGCAGUCUCUAGGCUUUCUCAUUGAUGGUAGCAGUGGGGUCGUGACGCCUAUUCCGGAAAGGCUGGACAGGGUGGUCAAGACCUUUGCAUGGUUGGCCAAGAGGAUGGCAGAAGAUCAUAUCGAGCCACAAAUGACCCGACCACCGCUACCAUGGUCGCUGGUGGCCCUCAUUGUCACUCACAUGAUUCACAAGCAGUAUCGGCAAGCAGCUGCAGCCGCUUUGCUCAUGUUCACUGCAUACCUGAGACCAGGCGAGGCCUUGUCCCUUCACGUUCAGGAUUUGGUUCCGCCGCUGCCUCAGCAGAAGCACUUUGCCUUGCAGCUCCACCCGGCCGAAAGGCGAGAGCAGUCAAAGGUUGGAUUGAGCGACGAAAGCCUCCUGUUGGACGCGCAACAGGCACCGUGGCUGGGAAGAGUUCUUCUGAAUCUAGAGAGAGCCAGCCCCUACCUCAUCGAUCUCACCUACGAGGAGUUAGGAACAGCUUGGCGCAAGACUCUGGAGCGAAUUGGAUUGGCCCAGCGACAUGCUGUGCUGUACCAACUGAGGCACAGCGGACCAUCGCACGACCGACUUCUUCGUCUUCGAAGCCUGCUAGAAGUGAAGCAGAGAGGAAGAUGGGCGUCGGACAAAACCCUGAAUCGGUACGAGGCACAUGGCCGCAUCAGCCAAGAAUUCUUCAAUCUGCCACAGCAGAUCCAAAACCGGGCGAUAGCUGCCGAGCGCCGUCUGCAAGUGGAGGGCCCAAGACUUUUUGGCCUCAGCAGUCCAUAG